GCGGCGAGCAGAAGUGGCGUUGGUCUGGCUGGAGCCCCGGGGUGAAUUUGUUAGGCGCGAGAGGGAGUGAUGUCUUCCAGGCUCGGUGCAGGACCCGCCAGCCUCUAUCCAGACAGGGUUUUCAGAAUGGGGAAGAUGAAGGCUCUGGUGUUGUCACCUGUCCUAGGAAGAUAGGACGGCACACUUUUCCUAAAAAAAAGCCCUGCCUCCUUCGGUUUGAGACUUCGGGACCCACAUCCUUUAAGCAGCAGAGGAGCACGAGGAUCGUGGGAACUAAGACUAGCAGGACCAAGUGCUCCAUAAAGGAUAACAGUUUCCAGUACACUAUUCCUCACGAUGAUUCCUUCAGCGGCUCAUCAUCUGCCUCGUCAUGUGAACCAGUAAGUGAUUUUCCAGCAACCUUCCGAAAAUCUACCUACUGUAUGAAGAUGAGAAGGAUCAAGCCAGCUGCUACUCCCCAUGUUGAAGGGUCAGGUGGAGUAUCAACCAAAGGAAAAAGGAAACCCAGGCAGGAAGAAGAUGAAGAUUAUCGAGAAUUUCCUCAGAAGAAGCAUAAGCUGUAUGGGAGGAAGCAACGGCCUAAAACUCAGCCUAAUCCCAAAUCCCAGGCUCGUCGUAUUCGGAAGGAACCACCAGCUUAUGCAGCAGGCAGUUUAGAGGAGCAAUGGUACUUAGAAAUUGUGGAUAAAGGCAGUGUCUCUUGUCCUACCUGCCAGGCAGUGGGGAGGAAGACCAUAGAGGGCUUAAAGAAACACAUGGAAAACUGCAAACAGGAAAUGUUUACUUGCCAUCAUUGUGGGAAACAACUUCGUUCACUGGCAGGGAUGAAGUAUCACGUCAUGGCAAAUCAUAAUAGUUUGCCCAUUUUGAAGGCCGGAGAUGAAAUAGAUGAGCCAAGUGAGAGGGAACGGCUCCGAACAGUUCUAAAGAGACUGGGAAAGCUCAGGUGCAUGCGUGAGAGUUGCUCUAGUAGCUUCACCAGCAUCAUGGGAUAUCUGUACCAUGUCAGAAAAUGUGGCAAAGAGGCGGCGGAGCUGGAGGAGAUGAUCUUGAAGUGUCACCACUGUGGGAAGCCGUAUAGAUCGAAGGCUGGGCUUGCGUAUCACCUGAGGUCAGAGCAUGGGCCUGUCUUUCCAGGGUCAGGACAGCCAGAGUGCUUAAAAGAGAUGAGCCUGGAGCCAAAGAGUGGGGGCAGAGUUCAGAGACGUUCUGCCAAGAUAGCUGUGUACCACCUGCAGGAGCUGGCCUCUGUGGAACUGGCCAAGGAAUGGCCUAAGAGGAAGGUUCUUCAGGAUCUGAUACCUGAUGACCGGAAGUUAAAAUACACUCGCCCUGGGCUACCUACCUUCAGCCAGGAAGUACUACAUAAAUGGAAGUCAGAUAUCAAGAAGUACCAUCGUAUUGAGUGUCCUAACCAGGGUUGUGAGGCUGUCUACAGUAGUGUAUCUGGCCUUAAAGCUCACCUGGGCUCUUGUACUUUGGGAAACUUUGUGGCUGGAAAAUACAAGUGUCUUCUAUGUCAGAAAGAAUUUGUGUCAGAGAGUGGUGUCAAGUAUCACAUCAACUCUGUCCAUGCUGAGGAUUGGUUUGUUGUAAACCCAGCAACAACCAAAAGCUUUGAAAAGCUGAUGAAGAUAAAGCAGCGGCAGCAAGAAGAAGAAAAGCGGAGACAGCAGCACAGGAGCAGGAGGUCUCUGAGAAGGCGGCAGCAGGCUGGCAUGGAGCUUCCUGAGCCAGCAGAGCUGAGUCUUAGAGCAGGGAAAGAUCAGAGGAGGAAUAACGAGGAACUGCUAGUGUCGACCUCCUGUAAAGAACCAGAGCAGGAACCAGUGCCAGCACAGUUCCAGAAAGUAAAGCCCCCAAAGGCUAAUCAUAAACGAGGAAGGAAAUAGGCAGUCAGUGUGAGAGCGCUCCUCGGAGAGUGGAUGGAUGCUCUUGUCACGGGGACCUGUGCUGGAGGACUGAGUUAUGGGGCUGAGUGAAGAGAAAUGUCCUCUUUCAGUUGUUUGUGAAAAGCUACAACUUUCUCAACUCUUUUCUCCUGUAUAAAUUUCACUGUUUUCCCUGCUUAUUCACUUUGACAACCUCCCUUCCCCAACCCUUUUUUGGUAGGUUUUCCUGCUAUUCCUCAUUGGAGUCUAUUAUUUUUCUCUUAUCUUGCCCAAAGAGCUCCCUCUUAAGGCCAACCAUAGGCCCCUCUUGUCCUGUACAAGACUAAGAAAACUGGUUGUUCUUUUCUUCCUGGGGUGUAGAAUGUUCUUGGAAGUUCUAUUGAUUUAGUAGUCUCCAUCGUCAAGUUUAUAAAACAAUUCCACAUUAAAUUUUUAAAACCAUACUGAUUAAUCAUUUUGUAUUUGUGCUAUAACAUGCCUAGAAGCUAGAAUAAGAUUACCCUCUUUGGGAAACAAACUUUAUGGAGGUUGUUCUCAAUAUGGUUUUAGUAUUGAAAGAAAGAAUGGGUUUAGGAUGAAAAAGCUAGAACUUCCCUACACUAAUUCUACUGGGAAGUGUUUUGUCUGCCCCAAGUAGCAGUGACUAACUAGACCCACAGGCAUAAAAAAGCAGCCUUAGGACUAGUAUGUACCAAACAUUAAAGUGGCGGGAAAGAAGAAACUAGAAGAAGCAAUAACUACUGCCUCAACUUCCCUGGCGCUUGAGGCCUCCUCAUCUGUCGUCAUAAUCGGUGCCCUCCUGAAGUUUGUUUUGUCCUCUCGGUUCUAAGGAUUGAGAAAUAACCAGGUUGAUUGCCCCUGAUUUUUUUAUAAGAAUCCUAGUGUUCCUGGUAAUGCCACUAAGAUCAGUAGCCAAGACACUCGUUCGUUCUCUCCUGGACUUGACCUCACUUGCUAGUCUACACCCCACUAAGUCCUCAUCCCUCCCUUUAGUCAACCUCUGUCUGAAUUUUCUGAGAAUAUUGCUGUCUAUCCUCUUUUAUGUGUGUUCUAUCGUCUUUAAUCUUGAGACUUUGACACCAGAUACCGAUAUUUAUCUGGAGUUGGAAAGAAAAAUUCUUUUUCUGUACCUCAUGUCUAACUGAUGUCUAAUGGGCUGUUAGAUGUUUUGAAAUAAGUGAAGGACAUGGUAUAUCCACUGUACAUUGUCAUUUGCAGUUGUGCUCUUAGAGCCCUUUCAGUAGAUGAGGAUUGUCAGGAAGAAGAAAUGAAGAAGCUAUAUUAAUUUGUGGUAAGACUUGGGAAAUGUUUGGCAAUGACAAAAGAAAUAAAUGACUCUUAGAUUGA